GCAGGCAGUUUGAAAUCGACGCGGGGCAGAAGCGGAAGAGAAAUAUACCAAGACAGUGCAAUGCGGAACAUAUGACAUUUCCUAGAUUUUUUUCAACGGACGACGUUGGAAUCUUUGGAAAACCUUUUUCUCAUUGAAUUGACUACGGGUUUUAAUAAAUGUUUAACGACAACAUUUACAAAACUACAGCUUGACAGAAAACAUGUCUUUAUACUCUAUCCCCUUGAAAAAGCACACCGCUUUUUAUGACCAGUUCGUGGCACCAAGGGUUCCUAACACGAAAGAACGAAAAUCGAAGAGAAGCUUGGAGGAAGUUGCGCAAGAAACGACCAAAGGGGGCGAUUCGAGUUCAUUGGAUAAAUCCAAGAUGAUAAACACGACAUAUGUUGUCUCUGCCUUGUCAAAAAGUGGAGGUCAGAGGAAUGGCUCACCAGCUCCUGGCAGACUCACUCUUCAGAGAAGAAAAACGGGUGCAAACCGCGACAAAACGAUGAGUGAAAACACCAUGGAAAUCACUGAGAAUGGCACACCUGUGGUCGAGAAAAGACUGACUUUGCAACGCAGAAACCGGACAGGCUCAAUUGACAAAAGUGCAGGUUGUGACAUCAGUAAAGCCACAGAGGGGUCGAGACAACAUUGGGUCAGCGGCACUGACCCUCAUCAGUCCAAAGUGCUCUCUGAAUCAAACCCACGAACGCCUGGAAGUGCAGGUGUAUUGCGGUCAUUCAGUCUGAGGGAAACGACAUCUAAAAGUAAACCAGGGGAAGUUGUUUCUCUUUUAAACAAACCUACUAAAGGAUUAGAAAGAUUUGCAUCUAGAUUUGCAGCAAAACCGCUAUCAGUACCUGGCAAAUUUGAGGUCACAAUACCAGAGGACCAGACAAAAACUUUUUCAACACCCACGAAAAAAAACACAGUUCGGGAAAAUAACAGCAAAGAAAGAUGCUUUUGAAAGGCUGGCUGGGAAAGUGGCCCCAAAGGGGAUUGCAGUAAAAUCGGCAAGCCUGGAGAGGCCAAAGACCACCGCACAUGUCAUGGUGGAGGCGGCAAAACCUGUUCCCACUCCUCGUUUUAACAAGUUUCCGGUCCGCAGUCAAACAACAAACGUGACCUCUACCCUGACCUCAGGGCAGGUGAGAAAUAACGUUAUCAAUAGCGACUUGAGCGCGGGCAGGUCCUCGACUCUGGCACCUGCUGUCUCCACAGAGCCUUUGGUCCAACCAAGUACAAUACAGAAGCGGGAACCAGAAACCCUAAAGAUGGAGAACAGUGCAGUUACAGUUGCCGUCCGAGUGAGGCCAUUCAAUACCAGGGAGAAAACAGAGAAAGCCUUACAGGUGAUCUUAAUGAAUAACCAGGAGACUGUGGUUCACCAUCCAGACACUAAACAGAGGCACUGCUUCACGUAUGACUUCUCCUUCUGCUCGGUUGACGAAAGCAACCCGGGCUUUGCCAGUCAGCAGAAGGUGUAUGAGGAAGUGGCCAAGCCUCUUCUCGAGAGGGCCUUCGAGGGGUUUAACAUCUGUCUGUUUGCGUAUGGACAGACUGGUUCCGGGAAGUCUUACACUAUGAUGGGUUUUGGGGAGGAGGCGGGCGUAACUCCUAGAUUCUGUGUGGAACUGUUCUCUAGACUGUCUGCAGUGGAAAAUAAGGAGGUGACAUGCCAGCUGGAGAUGAGCUACUUCGAGGUCUACAACGAGAAAAUCCACGACCUGCUUGUGGCCCGAGAUGAACAAAACUACAAGAUGCUGCCACUACGGGUGAGGGAACAUCCAGUCGACGGUCCUUACGUGGCUGAACUGUCCACGAACGUGGUGAGCUCCUAUGCAGACAUUCAGGUCUGGCUGGAGCUUGGAAACAGGCAGCGGGCCACGGCCGCCACCGGCAUGAAUGACAAGAGUUCCCGAUCCCACUCGGUCUUCACACUGGUUCUGACCCAGACCAAGACUGAGCUUGUGGAGGGUGAGGAACAUGUCCACAGGAUCACCAGUAGGAUCAACCUGGUGGACCUGGCGGGCAGCGAGCGCAGCUCCUCGGCCCAGACCAGCGGAGACCGCCUCAGGGAGGGUGCAAGCAUCAACAAGUCCCUGCUGACCUUGGGGAAGGUGAUCUCAGCCCUGUCAGAGCAGGUCCAGACCAGGAGGAAGAUCUUCAUCCCCUACAGAGACUCAGUGCUCACAUGGCUGUUGAAGGAGAGCCUGGGCGGCAACUCGAAGACAGCCAUGAUCGCCACCCUCAGCCCGGCCGGCAGCAGUGUGGAGGAGAGCCUGAGCACGCUGCGCUACGCCCAGCAGGCCCGCAUGAUCGUCAACGUGGCCAAGGUCAACGAGGACACCAACGCCAAGCUCAUCAGAGAGCUGAAAGCUGAGGUGGAGAAGCUGCGAGCAGCUCAGAUGAGCUCUCAGGGCAUCGAGCCGGAGAAAAUGCAGCUGUUCCAGCAGGAGAUCUUGGCUCUGAAGAACCAGCUCUCACAGCAAGAGAGGGACAUGGCCGAGGCCCAUAGAGCGUGGAGAGAAAAACUGGAGCAGGCUGAGAAACGUAAACGCGAAGAAACCAAAGAAUUGCAGAUUUCUGAAAAUCAUAACCCACUCCUGUUCCAAUUCGCUUACCCCCACCACGCCUGCGUGUCUCCCUUGCAGAAAGCGGGCAUCGCCUUUAAGGUGGACAACCGCCUGCCCAACCUGGUGAACCUGAACGAGGAUCCGCAGCUGUCGGAGAUGCUAUUAUACAUGAUUAAGGAGGGACAGACGAAGGUCGGCCAGAACAAGCCUGAAUCCGCCCAUGACAUCCAGCUGUCUGGAGCCCUUAUCGCCGACCGCCACUGCGUUAUUUCCAAUACAAACGGCGAAGUCAGAAUCACCCCUAUGGAAAAUGCCAAGACCUUUGUCAAUGGCAACCUUAUCUCAACGAUCACCGUCAUACAUCAUGGCGAUCGGGUGAUCUUGGGAGGAGACCACUACUUCCGCUUCAACCACCCAACAGAGGUGCAAUCUGGGAAACGGGCGUCGUGCUGGACGGGAGCUGGCGAUGGGCAGAAGGACUUUGAGUUUGCCAAAAAUGAGCUGCUCUCUGCACAAAGAGCACAACUUGAAGAGGAGAUUGAGGAUGCCCGUUUGAAAGCAAAAGAGGAAAUGAUGCACGGGAUCCAGGUGGCCAAGGAGAUGGCACAGAAGGAGCUCUCUGACCAGAAGUCCCAGUACGAGAAUCGGAUCAGAGCCCUGGAGAGAGAACUGGAGGAGGAGACUGAGAGGAAGAGGCUCCAGGAGUUGGACCAGCGGAGGGUUGCCUCCAAGGUGGAAGAGCUGCAGUCGGCCAAGCUGGAACUGGAGCAGGAGGUGGAUGCCCAGAAAAGGAGGCUCCGGCUCUACGCGGAGACCCAGGCCACGCGGCAAGCCAUGACUGACCACGGGAUCCGGCAGGCCAAGGUGGUGGAGGCCUUGGAGGCUGAGAAGAUGAAGAUCAGCAAAGAUCUGGAGGAGAUGCAGAAAAAAAUGGCUCUGAAAGGAAGCCAGACGCUGAAAAAUGUCCCUCCACAGUGGGACGCUAUGAAGUUGUCUCUGAUGAUCGAGGAGGCCAACAAGAUCAGCGCCAAACUCAGGAAGAACACAGUUUUCAGCAGACAUGAGGGGUCUGAGAAGGAGGAUGUGGAGGGAGAACUGCAGGUCCGGGUUCAGAACACCAAACUGGGCAUUUCCACCUUCUGGACACUGGAAAAAUUCCAGAGCAGCAUGGCAGCCAUGAGGGAACUCACCCAGGGGGACAGCCGCACCUCUAAAGAUGAUGACGUGUUUUAUGACCCCAACGAUGAGUGGGAGCAGGAUAUCUCCUCCUCAAACGCCUCUUCGUUUUCACGCAGGAGGAGUAGAAGCCUGUUGAAGAGCAGGAGGAUUUCUGGUCGUCUCUACGAAAUCAGAGUGCACCCGAUUCAGAGCCUUCACAGCAACAACUCCUCACAGUCUUCUGGUCUGAUGGGUGUGGCCAAGCCACCCUCUGUGCACCCGAGCUCGUCAGUCUCCGCCCUGCCAGGGGUUUGCAAAGAUCUGAUUGGCCACACCGUGGACCAGCUGCGUGUGGGUCACAGCUACGAGGAGACCAUGGCAGACCGGCUGAUCCGUGACUUGUUUUGUAUAUACUCGGCUGUGACCGCCAUCUCUGGCCUGUACGACAGCAUGAAUGACGACAGCCAGGACAGCGUGUUUGUGUUGGAGCCUGAAGCCCAGCGGCAGCUGAUCAAGGCCACCUCGGCCAUCGAGAGAGCCGUGUUCAUCACUCUGCAGUGGGUGGCUGCAGUCAAACCCAGAGCCGGUCCCCUCUACACCAACACAGAGGAGCUCAAGACCCAAGUCAGGAGAAUGGGUGGCUACUUUCAGCUUCUCAUCCAGGGCUGCGACUCUGAGAUCUCCUCCAUGGUGACUGAAGCCCUCAGGAAGAGUGGUAAGUGUCUGGACAUGGCCCUGAGGGUCACCAGCCACUUGGCCGCGCUGACGGACACCCAGAUCCACCUGACCGAGCUGGGCACCGAGGCAGCCUGCAAGCUGUCAGUGAGCCUGUCUCUGUUUGAGGGGACAUGUAGAGGUGUUCAGUCCCUCCUGGAUGAAGGCCUGGCGAUCUCCAAUGAGAUGCUGAGAGAUGCCCAACUGGCCUACCCCAGGACGACGGCUUUACAGAGCCUCAAGUCGAAGGCGGUUGACCUGUCCUGCGCUCUCCAGAGAUACAUCCGCAGCCACGUGACGGUAAGCGCCGAGGAGAAAGAUGAAGACUCUGAGAAGAGGAGUGAGGACCCUGACAGUUCACACCUGCAAGGAGCAAGGAACACUGCGGCCAAGCUGUUCGAGCUCAACCAGGCCAUCAGACAACUCCAAACCACGCUCGCUGUCGCACUCAGAGGUAAAGUCAAUGACUCCAGCCUCAGCCCCUGCCAAGAGACCCUCUCCUCUGCAGCCAAGGCCAUAAAUGAGAUAAUUGACGGACUUCCCAGGGGCGGUACUAGUGCCGCCGUAGCCUACUCCAGCCUCCAGUUACCCUGCCUGCAGACGGUUGUGGUGGCCCGGGAUGAACUCCACGCUGUGCUGAGGACCCUGGGUAAUGCCUUCAACCCCCAGGGCCCCGAGGAAAAGAGGGCUUCUUCUGGCUCCGAGGAGGGGGACAGGACUAUCGUGAAAGAGGGGCCCACGGUGGUGUCUGCCACUGAAAGAAACAGAGGAGUCCCUAAGAUAGCUUUUUCCCUCCCUUCAUCAGGGACCUUGUCUAACGGUGAUCCUCAGUGGGUUUGACGUGCAUGCCUCUGUAUCAGGGUUGAAGUCCGUAGGCAUGAUUGAGGAAAUGUGGAGGUCAUGCAAUUUGAACUGGUCCAAUAAGGAACACUUUCGGUUUCCAUUGUUGAAUGUUUUGCACCUGAUUUAUUUUACUUAUUUUUCUUGUUUAUAGCUAAACAAUAUUUUUGUCAUUAAACAAUGUGCACGAAUAAACACUUCCCAAAUGAUAAUUAUAAAAAAUUGCAAUGGUUCAAUGCCAAUGAUGAAAAAUAUUUAGGCUGAAUUACGAUAGCAUCAAAAUUCUGACCAAAAACCAGAGGAUCCAAAAAACAGGGAUUUCUUUACAUUUCAACUGUUUUGAUAGAAAUGUAUACAGUCAUUGAAUUGUACAGCAUUUGUGGGUUUGUAUCUAUUCAGGUAAGGUGUCUUUUUGUAGGCUGUUCAUAUUCUUGCAUUCAUUUAUUCAGGUGAAGGCAAAACAACUUACCGUCAAUAUUAUAGGUGUUACAUACCAUAACAUAAAGGUUUCAUUCAGUUUAUCAACUACUAUAUUUUUGCACUUGAAUCUUUGCACAGUUUUGUCUUCUAUUAUUCAAAUAAAACAGUUUUUAGGUUUGAUACCCCAAACAAUUAUGUAAUAUUGUCAAAGUGAGAACAAUAAAUUAAUUUCUCAA